AUGGAGCCGGCGGAGGCCGAACGCCUGGGCCCGCUGCUGCUGCAGCGCAGCCAGGAGGCCAAGGUGGCUGCUUACUGCCCCUACAGCCGCUUCGCCGUGGGCGCCGCGCUGCUCACCGCCAGCGGGCAGAUCUUCUCCGGGUGCAAUGUGGAAAACGCCUGCUACAGCCUGGGAGUGUGCGCGGAGCGCACGGCCAUCCAGAAAGCCGUCUCCGAGGGGCACACCAGCUUCAAGGCCAUGGCCAUCGCCAGCGACCAUGAGGACAACUUCAUCGUGCCCUGCGGCGCCUGCAGGCAGGUCAUGCGGGAGUUUGGCCGCGACUGGGAUGUGUAUCUCACCAAGCCUGACGGCACCUACAUUGUCAAGAGGCUGGAGGAGCUUUUGCCGCUCUCCUUUGGGCCGGAGGACCUGAGGAAGCUGUGAUUUGGGGAGGAACAAUGGCAAAUCGUUGCUCAGAAGAAAAUCAAAUGGAAUCUCGAUUCUGAAUAAGGAGAGAAAACGAAAGGGAAAACCCCAUUGGGGUUACUGAGGGCUCUUUGCUGUGGUCCAGGGGCAAGGCAGGUCAGAGGUUAUUGCACAGAGCUGUURGUGCCUCUGGCACUUGCGGAUUGUAGGCGGCUGCUGCUUUUAUUUUAUUUCUCUUCCGAGAUAAAAAAAGA